AUGCAUGCAAGAAAAUCAACUGGGGGAUCUGUUCCUGAAACCUUUUCUGUUCAAGGUAGAGAGGGUUCUGCUUAUGUUCACAAUGCGAUUGCAGGUAUUGUCACAAGAAUCUUGAAUGAAGGGCACAAGGUUGAUGGGAUAUUUGUUCCUCUAGCCCAGAUGUCUGCCUCUGAGAACAGCAAAGAUGAUCAAGAUGGUCAAGAUGAUGCUAGCAAAGAUCAGGGUGAUGUUGAGACAUCGAUUGAUAACACUGAUGAGAAGAACCCAGGUGCCAAAGAAGUUGAGACAUCUGAAGCUAUUAAUGUUGAAACAUCUGGUACUAAAGAUGCUGAAGUUCUUGAGCCUGAGAAAGCUGAAGAGGUUACUGUUGCUGCUUCUAAAGAAACCCCUAAUGAAGGUCCUACUGUGCAUGAUGUUGUGAAUCUGAAUGAUCUGGAUGAUUCUAUUGACAUUGCUGAUGAUGAACUCAUCUCUAGCAUCUCUCAUAGAGUCAAGACUCGUAAGGGCAAACAGGCUUGUGAUCAAGAUUUCUCCAAACCUCAGGUUACUCCUCAAAAGAAGGUCACUAUAAAGAAGGUCAAGAAGGUCCUUGCUGAACCUUCAACCACAGGGAGCAAGGCUACUGUGAAGAAGAGGAAGGAAAGAAGUGUUUCUGUCCCAGAAGAUGAUGUCUUAAGUGAUGAAUUUAUUGUGAAUUUGUCUCAAGAUUGUGGUGAUGGAACAACUGAUGAUUUUCAUAAGGUGUAUGUUAGAAGAAAGUGUAUAGAUUUUUCCCCUGCUGUUAUCAACCUAUAUCUAGGUAGAGAUGCUGAGGCUCAACCUGAGCUUGAAGUGACUGAUAAUGAGGUUUGCAAGGUAAUCACUGGUGGUAAGGUUAAGAAGUGGCCCAUAAAGAGCAAACUGUCUGCUAGUUCUCUUAAUGUCAGGUAUGCAUUGCUGCACAAAAUUGGUGCUGCUAACUGGGUGCCUACCAAUCACACUUCCACCAUUGCUGUUGGCCUAGGAAGAUUCAUAUAUGCUGUGGGAACCAAGACAAAAUUUGACUAUGGGACCUACAUAUUUGAUCAAACUAUGAGUAAAGAUUCUGUUUGUAAGAGGGAGAGUGCUUUGUCUUUUCACUACAAGCUGCUGCAGAGGUCUGAUGACAAGACAUCUGCUGGGACAUCACAACCCAGCAAAUCUGUGAACAAAGCUCUUCUUAUUGCUGAGCUAAAAGAGACUUGUCAAGAGUUGGACAACAGGAAGCUGAAACUUGAAAAUCUCAUCCACAGUCUUGAGCAGUCUACAGAUGAUGAUCUUGCUGGUGAAAAGGGUGGUGACAAUAUGGAUGAAGACAAAGAGGCUGAGGAAGAAGCUGAGGAAGAGGCUGAGGGUGCUGAGAGUGGGAGUAGUGAUGCUGCUGAAUGGACUAGUAGCUCAAGUGAUGACAAUCCUGGUGGCUCUAGUGAUGAAGACAGUGAUGGGUCUGAUGAUUAG